GGGUACAGUUUGGGGAUUGAUUGGAAACAAGACCGGUCCCUAGAAUAUUCCCAUACACCGAAAUAUGGCCACCGCAUGCCCAGUCCCCGAGCAAGUAGGGAGUGUGGAGACUAGGAAGUGGUGCAUAAGGGAACAGGAUAGGCUUUUGCGGGCGCAACACGAGGCGAGAUAGAAAGAAGGAUAGGAUAGGAUUUGAUUUUAUUCUGAUUCCUUCUCAGGCUUUCUCCGUCUUCUCAAGGUCCGAUAUGGAUUAUUAUGGCAUGUGGAAGAAUGUACAGCAUUGUUUGUUGAUGCUUAUCCUCUGCCGUAAGCAUACAACAAGCACAAUAAUUGCUUCAACCACGACUCCACUGCGCUUUUUCUUUUGUACAUAUACCCCCAUCUAUUGGCCACCUAGACAUGACCACCCUCCUUACGCCACGCCACCCUCCAAUGUCUCCGCCUCUCAAGCGUCAUCGUCGCUCCGCUACUUCUGUCCUGGCCGGUGAUUUUGAUAUGUGUCCUGCUAGAGACGUCCUGACCAGUCUUCUCAACGGGGUGGGCCCUUAUAAAGCGGUGGAGAAAGAAGAGGACUUGAGGAGGACAAAGAAAAAAGAGAAGAGGGAUCGUGACAAGGAUAAGAAGCGCCCCAAGCCCGUCGCAAAGCCAGUGGACAAGGUAUCAGAGGCAAUCGCGAACACUGCUCCGGUCGCAACAGCCGCCAGUAAAAGCACUACCCCCGCCAUACAAACAUCAUCUUUCUGGCUCGCCCGCGGCGCCAACCACCGUCCCACCAUUCACAUCGCCACCAUGCAGCGUUCCGUAUCUGUAACACCGCCUCCCAUGGCCAUGUCCCCACAGUCGACUCCUGGGCCGUCUGACUCUUCGAGCACGUCGCGUACUUCGUCCAAGCGUCCACGCACACCUGACGACGACGAAGACUUUGACGAUCACCCUCACGACGGUUCCACUCAACCGUUGCCACAACCACGGCAGCGUAAGAAGAGAAUCGCUGUUAAAAAAGGAUGGAAAGGAUGGGUCGAAGGAUCUCCCCCGCCAUCGGAAAAAUUAAUCAACCUCGAUGCUGUCCCCGUCCUGCAGGAAAGGCGAACACGAAGUGGGAAAAGUUUCGACGCUAUCGGAGUCGGGAAGGACGGUUGGGUAUAGACCUCGUCCGUAGACUUCUUCUAUUAUAUCUGGCUGUAUCACCUAGAUGGUGUUCUUGUUGUGAUUCAGCCAUUCGAUAAUUCAAAAUUAGGGUAUCACAGGAUCUCGAACACGCUCAGCUCAUGCCUCGCGUCACUUUGUUGUUGUCUAUUCUCGAUCUUGUCUUAUGUUACUGCGUUUUUAGGUUGUUUGCUCUUUGUAUUCAUAUUUCUUUUGAAUUGGUGAAUUAAUACCUGGUGUUCU